UCCACCAAAAAAGUUUUUGAUUUCACAACAAAACCGCCUUGCUUUCUCGGCUUGGAGGAUUCUACUUCAACAUUCAACUACGUUUGUUCUAAUUCACCUUUCCAAACCAAUUAGGGGUGCUACAGAUUACACCCAUGAGUCACAACACUCUCAUCUCAACAUUCAACCUCUUCAACCUUUGCAAAUUGCAUUUCCAUUCACAUCCUCUUCAACAUGAUACCCCCAUUAGCUAUGAUCGAACCAUGAUCCAUCUUCUGGAUCGCCAUCGCAUAGCCUUUUUUUUACUUUUUUUUUUCUUUUUUCUGUGUGUGACAUGUCUGAUCCCAACUUCAACACCCUCAGCCUUCCCUUCCACAGCAGCCUACCAAGCAUGUACUGUACACAGCAGGUCGUUCCAAAUGGCCCAAACCUAUCUACAUCCUGUACCCCCUAGAUAGCUACCACCAACCUCACUGUGGAAUGAAACCCAAACAGACACACAAAC